UUUAUUAUCUGUGCCGGGUUGACCUUGAAUAACUAAAAUUAACUUACUGAGUAUCACAACCUAAAUAUUUGACCAUUGAUAGAAAUAUUUAUCGGUCAAUUCUUACAAAGUUUGGGAUUCGCCAUGACAGUUGACGAUCCUCUUAAUUUGGUUUUAGCUUUAGCUACUGCAAGCACAAUAAAAUAUAUUGGUGCAUCUUUGUGCAGGUUGAAGAAACUCGCCACAUAUGAGUUUGUAGGCAAAGUAACUGCAUUGGAUUUAUAUCCUGUUAAAUCAUGUGGAGCAAUUUCGCUACAGUCGGCGAACUGUACCAGAGGUGGAUUGAAGCAUAGUGGUGUUACUGACAGACACUGGAUGGUCGUCAGAGAUGGCGGGGUUAAGGUUAACAUCCAACAAGAACCGAAAAUGACACUUAUAACACCAAGCAUUCACGGUAAUAAACUUUGUUUUGAUGCGCCUGGAAUGCCGACUCUGAAGGUGGAGAAAAAUCCUAAAGAAGACCCAUCACUAUACGUGGAUUGCAAACCCAAAGUUAAGGCAAUGACUGCAAUGAACUGUGGAAAAGAAGCCUCGGAAUGGAUUAGUAAAUAUCUUGGUAUAAAAGGAGCAUAUAUCGUGGUAUCCACGGAAAAUAUGGCAAAGCGAGACGUUAGUGAACUAGUUCCAAGGCCAUGGUUAAAUGUACCAGAAACGACUGAUAAAGUGACUUUUUCUGAAGUUUCCAUGUGUAAUAUAGCAUUCGAAAACUCACUGAAAGAUCUGAACAGCCGAUUAGCAAACCCAGUUAGCAUGGGCAACUUUCGACCAAAUAUUAUAAUAAAUGGAUCGCUUGCCUUUGACGAGGACAAUUGGCUGGAGAUGAGAAUCGGUGAUAGUGUUUACAUGCGAAUAUUAGAACCAAACCCAAGGUGUUUACUGAUAACUGUAGCACCGGACGGGAAGAGAGACUCUAACGCUGAGCCAUUGAAAACACUCAGAAAAUUUAGAAAGACAAAACCUUACGGUGAUUCUCCAUUAUUUGGUGUUAACACAGCAAUAGAUAGAGAAGGUAUAAUCAAGAUUGGAGACCCAGUGUAUGUCUUGCGGAAACCAGUAACAUAGAAUCAUAACCUGUGCAGAAAUAUUAAGAAACAUUUGAGAAACAGGCCUUUCAGACAUUAUUUCCGAAAUAUAUGUAUUUUUUUCUGAAAUAUUCACAUGUAUCUGCAUUAAAGUUUAUAGUCAAGACUUAA